CCAGAAAACGCGCUACUGUUAAGUUGUAAACACGAGAAAUAUGCUGAAAAAUAUCUGCGUAACACAGUUAAAUCUGCUGAAAAGUGCAACCAGCCUGCAGCAGCAGGUCCGGACCACGUUCAUCCUGAAACGAAAAUAUGAACCGCUGUUGCACAAAACCAACGAGAAGCCCCGGCGUAUGCGGGCCAAACACUUCAUCUAUGAGCUGGUAGAGGACACGCAAGUGAAGAAGCGGCCCAACAUGGAAGUAGUCCUGAAGACCUUUGUCGAAGGUGUCGGCGACAAGGGCGACGUUGUGUCCAUGAAGCCCCAUUUCGUCUACAACAAAUUGCUGCUGCCGGGACUGGCGGCCUACAAAACGCCCGAGAAUGUUGCCAAGUACGCGAAGACAGAGGCCGAGAAGUCGGCAGUGAAGCACAGCUCGGCUUAUGCCCAACGGACGGUCAACAUGCUGGAGUCCAUUGUCUUGGCUGUGAUUAUGAACAAGGAUGAGCCGUGGGUGCUCGAGCCGUGGCACAUCAAAGCCUCGCUUCGCAAGGCCGGCUUCCAUUGCAAAGAGGAUUGCAUAACCCUGCCCAAGGAGCGCAUUGAGGGACCCGAUCUUAAGAAGGAAAGCAAAGACUUUUACUGCAUCGUAACAAUCAAUAAAUUGGAGCAGGCCACGCUCAAAUGCCGCUUGCAUCAUUGGAGCACAGACCCAAGCGAACGUUUGCCCUACGUGCUGGAGCACUGGAAAAUGACAUCAGAGCCGUUGCUGGAUGUUAGUUCCCCUGAAAAAGAGACCUUAAACUGUUAACAAUAAAAAUGUAUGUUACAAAACUGUUUUAUUUAUGAACAGCGUGAAAAACAAAGAAUAUUUAUUUUAACAUUUCAUGAAUUGUUGCUCAAAAGUUGUACGAUGUGGAAUACUACCUUAAAUGCUACAUUAC